ACAAUCAGCACGGCUCUAUACCCAUCCCGGUGAUUUUGUACAUAAUAGCGCCUUGUAUCUUGACUGUAAUGCGCGACUAUGUACAUUUCCACCACUGUUAAUUCAAUCAAUUGAACUUAAUUUGUAAUUGUAUAGAGCUCCGGAUUUUACUUGAUCUAAGCUUAUAUCAUGGUACCUGGCCCCAAUUCUUGGAAGCCAUUAUAUAAUCUACUAGAAAAAAUAUUAAUACUUACUCGCAAGACUCAUUGCAAGUAAGUAUUACGGACACGUAUCUAUACCUUCUUUUCUACAGUUUGCAAUUUCUCUAGUUUUGAAUAGGAUAUACUGCUCUAGGAAACGGGAGCAAUGAACGACGAAUUCGAAUCCUCCCGCCAUGCUGGUAUGUCAGGGUAUGACAGCAAAAGCCAGCAAAGUGCAGAAAAUCAUGAUUUGAAUCAUGACGCGGUCUUUGGUGAGAUAAGUGAGGAUGGGCCAGAUUAUCGUGCUGUAGGUACAGAAAGACUCAGGAAAGGGUAUGUUUGCUGAUGAUCACAGGUUGGACGAUUAGGCACGACUGUCCUAAUGCUCAAGACGAAUCUCGGUCUUGGCGUACUCUCAAUACCAGCUGUUUUCGACACGUUGGGUAUGAUUCCUGGUCUCAUCUGUAUCAUCACCAUGGCUACUAUUACGGGAUGGUCACAGUACAUGAUCGGAGUAUUCAAGCGGCGACAUCCUGAAGUGUAUGGUAUUGAAGAUGUUGGUGGGAUGAUUUUUGGAAAUGUUGCUAAGGAGCUCAUUGGUGCUGCAUUCUUUGUUUGUGAGAGAUUCCUUUUGAUCAUAAAUAUGCGUGGUUCUGAUUUUGUUGAUUUAGUCUGGAUCUUCGUCUCGGCUUCAGGAAUGCUCAGUGUUUCCAUCGCCUUGAAUGCUCUAUCGACCCAUGCUACUUGCACCGCUGUGUUCGUAGCUGUCGCUGCCAUAAUUGCUUACAUUCUUGCCAGUAUUCAAACACUGGGUAAAAUCACAUGGCUUGCAUGGAUCGGAGUUGCUGGCAUCAUUACUUCUAGUAAGCUAAUCCAUCUUCAUUGUGAUAAAUUUGACUAACGCCUGCAAGUUCUUACUCUUACAAUCGCUGUUGGCGUUCAAGGAAAACCUGCCGAUGCUCCUGUUACAGUAGGUCCUUACAAGUCUGACUUCAAACUUUUUGGCUCUCCAUCGUUCACCGAUGCUAUAUCUGCUUGUGGUUCGCUUGUUUUUGCUUAUGCGGGAACACCCGGUUACUUCAAUAUUCACUCGGAGAUGCGUGAUCCAAGAGGUUACUCUCGUUCGGUGUUUUUUAGUCAGAGUCUUAUCACUGCAAUCUAUAUUGCAAUCGGUAUCGUCGUCUAUUACUUUUGCGGAUCAUAUGUUGCAUCACCCGCACUUGGCUCCGCAGGUCUCGUCAUGAAGAAAGUUUGUUACGGCCUUGCUCUUCCCGGUCUCUUGGUCAGCACUAUCUUGCUCUCCCACGUAAGUAUCGUCCAACCACCCAUCUUAUCAUCUUCUCUAAUAUACCCCACAGCUUCCAGCCAAAUUCCUCUUCCUUCGACUCCUCCGUGGCUCCAAGCAUCUCACUAGUAACUCCAAAACCCAUUGGGUCGUCUGGCUCAGCUGUACCGCUACGGUCAUCAUCUGCGCCUACGUAAUUGCCAGCGCGAUCCCCAUCUUCGGAGGUCUUAUCUCCCUCAUCGGUGCUCUCUUCGGUACCUUUUUCAAUUUCCAACCGUUUGGUGUCAUGUGGCUAUACGAUAAUUGGAGUUUGGGAAAAAUCCAUAGAUCGUCUAGGUGGAUUUUUAUGGCUUCUUGGAGUAUUUGCGUCAUUGUUAUUGGAAUGUUCUUGAUGGUUGCUGGUACAUACGGUUCCAUCGUUGCAAUUAUCGCCUCAUAUCACACAGCAGGGGGAUCGAGACCGUUCACCUGCGCAGAUAAUUCGAAUUCGGGUUGAGGGGAGAUGAGAAAGAAGGAGAAUCUGAAUAGUUCGGGUGCAAUUCUUGGCCAUAUUGCGCUUUCCCGACAGCUGCUGGAGCCCUGGACCAAAUAUCCCACGUGACGGCCUUUGAGAUGGGAGAUGGGAAUUCGCGCCGAGUUUAACUGCUGCCCGAUGCCCUGAGAUCCAUGAUUAUCCAUCUAUCCUAGCUUCAACUAUUUUGGAGCUACGCAGCUCGGGAGAAAUACAUAUGGCGACCAAUAUUAAAUCUGCACCACACUGCUACCGGUACAACGGCAACCAUACGCUCGGAGGACUUACCGUCUUUACACACAGCACGCCUCGCAAGCUACAGCCCACACGUUUGUGCACAUCGCCAAACUCCCAAACUCUCAAUCUCCCAAUAUCCCCAGACGUCAAAUUCACCGGAACCAAAUUCCCAAUUCUUUGGCACAUCUAGCAUAGUUGGCAAGUUUGAUGCGAAAAUAUCUCAUACAUGGAAAAAUAUGAAAUGCCCCACCCACCGCAUUCACGACGUGCCCGACCUCUUAGUGCUAUAAAAAAGCGAAAAUCGAUUACCUAGGUACUCAUUCAAAAGUUGGUGUUGGGAUUAUAGUUAUAGUUAUAGAGAUUCUUGGAUUUGGAAUAAUUUUACUGGGAAAAAGUUCUUGGGUGUAUGUUUUUAUAGAUAUGGAUAUACACGUGCACUGGUAGUGUAGACUAUUAACGGAUAAAAGUUCAAGGAAGUUGGGUCGAUUCGGGUUGUUUUUGUGUGUAUUGAUGGGAUGGAUAAUGAAUGAUGGAUGAUAGAUGAUAGAUGAACGGGAAAUUUUAAUGAAUGUGAUGGAGAGUUUGAUUUUUGUGGCAAUAUUUUUGUGGGAUGAUUUAUGUUUUUGAAUGUUGAAGAAUGAAUGGUGAUGUUUGAUGGUGAGUGGUGUGCCUGCUUUAUGUGUGGAUUGGCUGUGGUUAAGGUGUUGUUUAAAGGAUGGUAUU